AUAUAUUUAAUGUCAUGUCUGUUCAUGACUUCAUGUCAUGUCUUCUGUGCUUCUGUGUCUGUAUACAUGUGAAGUGUUUACUGUAUUUCGGGAUUUGUAAUUAAUUUCUUUAUUUGUAAUAAAUAUUCAGUGGAGGCUCGGUGCUAGACGAUUUAAUUAGACUAUCAAUAUCAGCAUUUCUCUAUUUUUGUAUCAAAUAGCACGAUCGAUAAAUAGCUUUAUGGAUAAUAUCAGAUCUAUGCAACUACGGAAUAGGUUUCUACAACUUUUGAUCAUAAAGGUGAUGAUUUAAAAAUAAUCCAAAUGAACUCUCUAGACACAGAAAACAAUUAGAAUUGUUUCAGCAGUACGUUUAUAAUAUCCUGAAAGUAUGGGUGAUUCAGAGUUUGCCUAUGGUUCUUCUAUGUCGGUGGAUUCUAUGAAAACGAUUGCUGAGAGUAUAGGAAUAGCAAAUUUGGGUGAUGACGCUGCUAAAGAACUGGCAGACGAUGUUACAUACCGGUUAAAACUUAUUGUACAGGAUAGUAUGAAGUUUAUGCAUCAUUCCAAGAGACAAAAAUUGUCCAUAACUGAUAUAGACAAUGCUUUGAAGAUCAAAAAUAUUGAGUGCCAAUAUGGAUUUAUUCAGCCAGAUUCAUUACCAUUUAGAUUCGCAUCAGGUGGAGGAAGGGAAUUGCAUUUUGUGGAGGAGAAAGAAGUAGAUUUAUCAGAUAUAUUGUCAGCUCCUCCACCAAAAAUACCUCUGGAUGUAUCUGUACGUGCUCAUUGGUUGAGUGUAGAUGGUGUUCAACCUACAGUGCCAGAAAACCCACCUCCAUUAUCCAAAGAAGCACAAAAAUUGGAAUCAGUUGACCCUAUCAGCAAAUUGAGCAAACCUACUAAUAAGGAUGCGGCAGGUAAACCUAUGUGUGGUAAAGCAGCACGAUUGAAAGCCUCAGAGUCGGUCCACGUGAAGCAGCUAGCCACACACGAGCUGAGUGUGGAGCAACAGUUGUACUACAAAGAAAUCACUGAAGCUUGCGUUGGGAGCGAUGAAGGACGCCGUGCGGAAGCUUUGCAGUCACUGGCUUGUGAUCCUGGCCUUCAUGAGAUGUUACCGAGAAUGUGCACAUUUAUAUCUGAAGGCGUCAAAGUGAAUGUGGUGCAAAAUAAUCUCGCUCUGCUUAUAUACCUGAUGCGCAUGGUCAAAGCUUUGCUUGACAACCAAUCUCUGUAUCUAGAGAAGUAUUUACACGAACUGAUCCCGUCGGUAUCGACAUGCAUCGUGUCGCGGCAGCUCUGCCUGCGUCCGGAAAUGGACAACCACUGGGCUCUCCGUGACUUCGCUGCCAGGCUCAUGGCGCAGAUUUGCAAAACAUUCAAUACGUCCACUAACAACUUACAGACAAGGGUCACCAGAUUAUUUGCUAAAGCCCUUCAGUGUCCGUCGCAGACUAACAACGAAACUGGCGUAGGCCCGUCAAUGGUUACCUCUAUGAAGGAAUCUGAAAAAACUCCUCUAGCGUCUCUGUACGGAGCCGUUCAAGGCUUAGCCGAACUUGGUCCAGAAGUUAUCAAAGUGUUCAUUUUGCCUCGGGUGCGAUGGCUGGGAGAGCGCGUGGAGGGCGCACUGAGCGGGCUGGGCGGCGCCGACAGGCUGGCGGCCGGCAACCUCAAGCAUCAGCUGCUAAAGGUACUGGCGCCCGUCGUGCGCCAGCUGCGCCAGCCCCCGGACUUGCCGGAAGAAUACAAACGUGACUACGGAUAUUUGGGCCCGAGCCUGCAGCAGGCAGUGGGCAAGAUCCGUUCGUCCCCGUCCGGCGGCGGCGGCGGCGGCGCGGUGGCCGUGGUGACGUGCACGCCGCCGCUGGUGCCCGCCGCGCCCUCGCCCUCGCACUCGCACAUCUCACACGGCGCCAAGACUGUCGAGACGAUAGCGACUCGUAGCGUAGUGAUCAGUGCUGCACCGGCGCCGCAGUCGCCCGCGCCCUCUACGCCGCCUCCACAGAAGUUUGUCAUUGUGUCCCAGCAAAAAGCGCCACAGGUGGUCAGUACUCAGCCAGCUAGCGGCGGCCAUAUUGUCGUACAUAGCUCGCAGCCUGCCAUCGUCCGCAGCCAGAAUGUUCAGUCGGUGGUGGUGACGAGCGGGCCGGCGGGCGGCGCGGCGGGCGGCGCGGCGGGCGGCCCGCAGAAGGUCGUGGUGGUCGGCGUGCAGCCGCCGCACCACCUCGCGCCCGCCGCCGCACCCGCGCAACCCUCCGCACUCACCGCCGCGCACGUCAGCCAGGCUCCGGUGUCGGUGGUGGCGAAGCCAGUGUUCGCGCGCGGUGGCGCGGCGCCCCCGCCGCCCGAGCUGGACGACCUCUCACAUCUCGCCUGACCCCGCACCUACAGCGUGGCUAUCGUCAAGCAAUACAUCAAGAAAAACUAGUGAACAAUGUUUUACUAAAAGUUUUCGUGACAAUAUCAAAGAGGGGACUAAAUGGAUUUUCAAAUCUAAGUAGUUUCGAUGAAUUACAAACUAUUUAUUUAGCAUGAACUGUCAACACAUAAAAUGAACUCAACGUUAUAUGCUUGUAAGUGAGUGUCACAAUAGCUUCAUUCCUCUCCUUUGGUCCCCUAGUGAUUAAGUUUAUAGUUAUAUAAAAAUCUGCUGACAUUUUCUAUUUCAAAUUUAAUUUUUACGUGCUAAGCCUUAUUAUGAGUACUUUGGUUAAAUAGUUUUAGGAGUAAAUGGUAUAUUUACAUGAUCAAUAUAAUAUAGAUUGUCAAUUGAUGUUAUUUACUUAAGUGAAUAUACUUAAGACUUGUUUUGGGUGCCCAAUGUAUCAUAACUGAAAAUAGUCCAUAGUGUGUUUAUUAGUUUAUAUUAUUUCCAUGUCUAUUCUAUUAUGUACUUGUAGGAUCAGGGUCCGACAUUAUUUGAAAAUAAAACAAAGGGCUUCACACAA